AUGAAGCCCACCACCGACCUUGCCAUCCUCUGCGCCGCCGCCGUGACUGCCACGGCAGCGCCAGCGCCCAAUUCAUCGUCCGACAGUGCCUCGACGAUCCAGUGGAGCCUCAAUCCCUCGGCCAGCGAUGCCACCGCCGUCGACAAAGGCUACAUCGGCUUCGGCAUCGAAAUGACAUCCUUCCCCGACUACGCCGGGGUCGGCUCCACCCCCAAUCGCCUCUCUACCUACCUGUUCUCACAAAUAUCGACGCGCACGGGGGGCGCGCCGCUGCAUAUCCGAGUGGGCGGGACGUCCAUGGACAACACGGUAUGGAGGCCGGCGCUCACCUCCCUCGCCGUCAACACGACGAGCAACGCACAAUGCGCGCUGCACGCCGACGUCGACAUCGGGAAGCCGUGGCUGGACGGCUUCGCGAACCUGGCCGGGGCCGACGGGCUGGCGCCGCGGUGGACGGUGCAGAUCCCGUUGGCGCGGAAGAACGUGUCCAACGGGGUGGCCUUCGCCGAGGCGUGCAUCGACGCGCUCGGGGGGACGACGGACACGUUGGACGGCUUCGAGAUCGGCAACGAGCCCAACUUCUACCCGACCAUAGGGUGCGGGAGCCGCACCGACAGGAACAGCUCGUGGGGGCCGCAGGACUACGCGAGGGAGUGGACGGCGUACGCGGCGGAUCUGACGAGCAGGGUGGGGCCGUUGAAGCAGAGUGGGGUGAAGGAUUGGUUCCAGACGCUGACGCUGGCCUCGGGGGUCAAGAACAAGACGCUGUGGGGGCUAUCCGGGCUCUGGGAUAAGCUCAACGACGGCGGAUACGUCAAGACGGUUUCGCAGCACUACUACCAAACAACCGCCAGCGGCACCCUCAAAGACGAUCUCCUCAACCACGCCGGCACCGUCUCGGAAAUACAGUCCAAGUUCGGCGACAACAUCGCCUUCGCCGCCAAACACAACGUCCCCUUCAUCCUCGGCGAAGUGGGUUCCGCCAUCGUCGUCGACAGCAGCGCCGGCGUCAACCAGGCCCUCUACGACACCCUCGGCGCCUCCCUCUGGACGCUGGACUUCCUGCUGCACGGCAUGACGCUGGGCAUCGAGCGCGUCUCGAUGCAGCUCGGCACCAACUUCCGCAUGUCGGCCUGGCAGCCCAUCUCCACCACCGGCCACCCCAAGGCCGUGCACGGCAACUACUACGGGCUCGUCGCGGGUGCCGAGUUCGUCGGCGGGGACGGCGAUCUGGCGGUGCGGGCGCUGGAGCUGGACGGCCAUCCGAACGUCGUGGGCUACGCCGGGUACCACGGCGGGAAGCUGUCCAAGGUGGCGGUGCUGAAUCUGAAUGUGUGGAAUAACGGCACGGGGGCCGCCCGGGGCGAGAAGGAAGUCGCGUUGACCGGGCUCGGGGAUGAUGUGACGAGCGUGCGCGUGUCGAGGCUGACGGCGCCCGGCGGCGCGGCGGCGAAUAGCAGCAUCACUUGGGCGGGUAAAAGGUGGACGGCCGAGAACAACGGCACCGAGUACACGGAUGGUGAGACGCCCGUAACGAUUAACGUUGAGGGCGGUGCGCCGAAGAGGAGCGUGGUGGUCAAGGCGUCGGAGGCGGUCGUGGUCGAGCUCCUGAGGGGAUGA